CAUGCAAGACGACAGCUUAGAAGCAUCGACUUCCAUCUCUCAGCUUCUGAGAGAAAGCUAUCUCGCUGAAACCAGACAUCGCGGGGACAACGAGCGGAGUCGAGCAGAGCCCUCCUCCAACCCUUUCCAUUUCGGCAGUCCUGGGGCUGCAGAAGGGGGAGGCCCAGAGGACCUUCCGGAUGUUUCCGCCUUUCUGAGCCAAGAAGAGUUAGAUGAAAGCGUCAACCUGGCAAGGCUGGCCAUCAACCACGACCCUCUGGAGAGAGUGGAUGAAGCUCAAGCUAGGAAACGUCUGUCUUCCGACCAGACGAAGCAUUCGCCCAAACCAAGUUUCGAACCCACUUUCUGCCAGGACAGCCCCCGAGGCCCUAGCAGCUCUAAAGACAGCUCCCCGGAGACCAAGAGGCCACAGUACAGUUCUGAAGCCCAGUCCAAGAAGGUGUUCCUAAACAAGGCUGCCGACUUCAUCGAAGAGCUGUCCUCCCUCUUCAAGGCUCACAGCUCCAAGAGGAUCAGGCCUCGGGCCUGCAAAAACCACAAGGGCAAACCGGAAUCUCAAAACAAAGCCCUGCAGGAGAACCGCCCCACUUUCUCAGAUCUGACGGAAAGGCGAGAAAGGGCGUCGGUCCCCAUCCCCAUCCCCGCAGACAGCAGGGACAACGAGCUGAACCACGCGAUUGAACAGCGGGAGGCCAAGAGGCGGGAAGCGGAGCUGGCUGCGGGCGACGCGGCCACCGGAGACAGCACCCCAGGGUCUUCGCCUUCGUCCCUGUACUACGAAGAGCCUCUGGGGCAGCCUCCCCGCUUCACGCAAAAGUUACGGAGCAGGGAAGUCCCGGAAGGAAGCCGAGUCCAGCUGGAUUGCAUAGUGGUAGGAAUUCCACCGCCCCAAGUAAGGUGGUAUUGUGAAGGCAAAGAGCUUGAAAAUUCUCCAGACAUCCACAUUGUGCAGGCGGGAAACCUGCACUCACUGACCAUUGCCGAAGCCUUUGAGGAGGACACGGGGCGGUACUCAUGCUUUGCUUCCAACAUCUAUGGGACAGACUCAACUUCUGCUGAGAUUUACAUAGAAGGAGUCUCUUCCUCUGACUCAGAAGGCGACCCUAACAAAGAAGAGAUGAAUCGAAUCCAGAAGCCAAAUGAGGUGUCCUCACCUCCCACUACCUCUGCAGCCAUUCCUCCAGCAGCACAAGCCCAGCCUUCAGUGACCCAGCCCAGGGUGUCCACCAUCCAGCAGUGUCAGAGUCCUACCAACUACUUGCAAGGACUGGAUGGAAAGCCUAUCAUUGCCGCUCCAGUGUUUACAAAGAUGCUACAGAACUUGUCCGCCUCUGAGGGCCAGCUGGUUGUCUUUGAGUGCAGAGUGAAAGGUGCCCCAUCCCCGAAAGUCGAGUGGUACAGAGAAGGGACCUUAAUAGAAGACUCUCCAGACUUCCGGAUCUUACAGAAAAAACCUCGCUCCAUGGCAGAACCAGAGGAGAUCUGCACCCUGGUCAUCGCCGAAGUGUUUUCCGAAGACUCUGGGUGUUUCACGUGCACCGCGAGCAACAAGUACGGCACGGUGUCCAGCAUCGCACAGCUGGACGUCAGAGUGGAUAAGGUAGAAAAGAGUGACACAUGGCCUAUGUCCAGCACGGGAAAUCAGAAACCUGCAUCCCACAACGGCGGGUCAGCGGUGCCAUUUUUAGAAGCAACCGUGCAGCUGGACCCAUGGGAAUAUAAAAUUUCAAGCUUUGAGCAGAGGCUGAUGAACGAGAUAGAGUUCCGCCUGGAGCGCACUCCUGUUGACGAAUCGGAUGAGGAGAUACAGCACGAUGAAAUCCCCACGGGCAAGUGCAUUGCACCCAUCUUUGACAAAAGACUCAAGCACUUCCGGGUGACCGAAGGCUCCCCAGUCACCUUCACCUGCAAAAUUGUCGGGAUUCCUGUUCCAAAGGUUUACUGGUUCAAAGACGGGAAGCAGAUUUCUAAGAGAAACGAGCACUGCAGAAUGAGGCGAGAGGGUGACGGGACGUGCUCUCUGCACAUCGACUCCACCGCCAGUGAUGACGACGGCAACUACACCAUCAUGGCGGCCAACCCCCAGGGGAGGAUCAGCUGUUCUGGCCACUUGAUGGUUCAGAGUUUGCCCCUUCGAAAUCGACUCAGCCCCGCCGGUCAGUCUCACAGGGGAAGGUCCAGAAUGCAGGAAAGAGACAAAGAGCCUCUACAGGAACGCUUUUUCCGACCACAUUUCCUGCAGGCCCCCGGGGAUAUGGUGGCUCAUGAGGGCCGCCUCUGUCGGCUGGACUGUAAGGUGAGUGGCCUACCGCCGCCAGAGCUGACGUGGCUGCUCAACGGGCAGCCUGUGCUACCAGACGCCUCCCACAAGAUGCUGGUCCGAGAGACGGGAGUCCACUCUCUGCUCAUCGACCCGCUCACGCAACGCGACGCAGGGACCUACACGUGCGUGGCGACCAACAAAACUGGGCAGAAUUCCUUUAGUCUGGAGCUCACUGUGGUAGCCAAAGAGGUGAAGAAGGCACCAGUGAUCCUGGAGAAGCUCCAAAACAGUGGCGUUCCCGAGGGCCACCCGGUGAGACUGGAGUGCCGGGUCAUAGGCAUGCCCCCGCCCGUGUUCUACUGGAAGAAAGACAACGAGACCAUCCCUUUCACUAGAGAGAGGAUCAGCAUGCACCAGGACACGACAGGCUACGUCUGCCUCCUCAUCCAGCCAGCCAAGAAAUCUGACGCCGGGUGGUAUACACUGUCAGCCAAGAACGAAGCUGGCAUCGUGUCCUGCACAGCUCGGUUGGAUAUAUAUGCUCAGUGGCACCAGCAGAUCCCACCUCCCAUGUCCGUCCGGCCCAGUGGCAGCCGCUACGGAUCUCUCACCAGCAAAGGACUCGACAUCUUCUCUGCCUUCUCCUCCGUGGAGAGCACGAUGGUGUACUCCUGCACUUCCCGGAGUGUGGUGGAGAGCGACGAACUCUAAAGCUGUCUGGGAGCCUGCUGUGUAAGGGGGUGGACUGAGGAGGGCGAGGAAGACCGAGCGUAUGAGGUGGUUUCCGAACAGCUGGAUCUGAGUGAGUUCCCGUGCUGCUGGACCCGUGGCGAGAGGUGUUUUAAGUUAGGUUGGCUGGGGCUCUUUUUGAGCCUUGGCUGAGGGAAAGAGAUAGGGCUGUGCAUCUUAAAGAUGUGCAUAGACAAUAUACACAAACCAAAGAUACCAUGCCAUUGCCACCAUGGCUGGGGCAAAAGGCAGGGGCAAGCAUGCUCUCCCACCCAUGCACUAGGGAUAUUAGGCCCAACUAGAAGCAAUUAGGAGCCAUAGUCAGGCCUGAGCACAACUAGCAACCUUUCAUGGGCUACAGCCACAUCAGUCAUCCUGGUAAACUCAUUACACGAGCUCCCAUUUAACAGUAGAGGAUCUUGCCAAACACCCUUCCCUCAAAGAGACAAAACACUUACGCUGCAAAUCCUGCCUACGGAAUCACAUAAGAAGAAGGCAAAGCGUGUCUGAGAUGUAAAAAGAAAACAAUCAAAACAAAACAAAAGCCCAUUAGGACACUCAAGAUCUCACAGUGCACCUGUUACCUGGUCAAGACAAGGUUCCCAGCAGCCUAUCAGUGUCAUUUUAGGCAGAAAGUCACAUCCGUCCCUAGUGCCUAGAUGGGGACUGAGCACAACUGAGACCUUCAGAGCAUGUCCGCUCUGGAACGGCUCUAACACUGACCUCAGGUUUCCGUCAUUCUUCAGCUGCUCCAAACACGGCCCUGGGAACGGGUGUCACAGCAGUUUGCUUCAGGCAAGCCCGGAGUAUUGAACUGGAGGGGUCUGCUGUUAAUCCCCUCAACUCUCGAUGGUCUCCAUGCCAGGCCCCCUCAGCUGGCAUCCUACCCAAGUGAUUUUAGCUGAAGAUAGUACUUGCUUAGAAAGGCUUGAAACUUCCUUUGCUUCAAGGCAAGGAUUUCCAGUAUAAAAAUAAAUUCAUUUGCUCAAAAAAAAAAAAAAAAACCAAACAAAUCUGUGUGUCUACUCUGUGUAAGAUGCUGUGCUAGGUACCAUGGGAGACACAAAACUAUUGAGUAAGAGGGCAGGGGAGUUGGUUCCGCAGAUAAAGGUUCUUGCUGUCAAGCACAAGAGCCUGAGUUCAAUUCCUGGAGCCCAGUGAAAAAGAGGACUGACUCCUGCAAGUUUCCCUCUAGCCUCCACACACACCCCCAGAUAAGUAAAUGUGAACACACACACAAUACAUGCAUGCUCUGCCCUCCAGAUUUUACGAUGUAACAAACAGGGAGAUAAUAUUCAAGGCAUCUGCAAUACUGCUUCUUGAGUCAAAGAUCUGGUCUUGGGGAAAUGGAAGUUCACAGUUCUUCAUCCUGUUUUUUAAUAAUCUUGCCAAGCCAGGCAUUGGGAUAUGUGCCCAUCACUGGAGCAUUUGAGAAGCUGAGACAAGAGGAUCAAGAGGGCAAAUCAGCCUCUGCUCUACAGGGAGUUUAAAACCAGCCUGGGUUACAUGAGGCCAGCCAGGUACAGUGGUACAUAGGACGCAGGAAGCAGAGGCAGGCGGGUCUCUGUGAGUUCCAGGCCAGCCUGGUCUACACAGUGAAUCCUGGGUCAGCCAGGACUACACAAGAGAGACCCUGUUUUAAAAAAAGAAACAAGCAAAAAAUAAAAAACAGACUGGGUAGACGGCUCAGUUGGUGACACACUUGCCCUGUCAGCAUGAGGAUGUGAGUUUCGUCCUCCAGAAUGCACAAAUAAAAGCAGACUGUCAGUGAAGCCAUAUAAUCCCAGCUCCAGGAAGGGACAAACUGACAGGAGAGGCCCUACAGCCUGCUAGCCAGCCAGUCUAGUCCAGUUAUCAAACUCUGGGUUCGGUGAGAGACUUUGUUUCCCCCACCCCCAAAAAAGCAAGUGAAGAUUUCAUCAGUGUUGACCUCUGCCUCCCACACAGCUGCACACACACAGCACAUGCGCAGACACACAACACACUUAAGCACACUCAAAAAUCUUUUCACUCUCUGUGGUGGUUUGAAUAGGUAUGACCCCCAUACUCAUGGGUCUGAAUGCUUGGCCCAUGAGGCAGGGCACUAUUAGGAAGUAUGACCUAGGUGGACUAGGUGUGGCCUUGUUGGAGGAAGUGCGUCUCUGUGGGGGCGGGCUCUGAAGUCUCCUGUGUUCAAGCUCUGCCCAGCAUGUCACAGUCUCCUUCUGCCGCCUGUGUAGAUGAAGAACCGGCAGCUCCUCCUCCAGCACCAUGUCUGCCUGCAUGCUGCCAUGCUUCCCGCCACGAUGACGAUGCACUAAACCUCUGAAACUUUAACUUUAACUCCAGCCCCGAAGAAAUGUUUUCCUCUGUAAGAGUUGCCUUAGAGGGUGGGCAUGGUGUUGUAUAGCUUUAAUCCCAGCAGAGGCCACCCUGCUCUACAAAGCAAGUCCAGGACAACCAGGGCUUGUUAC